UGUUAUUGUUUUGCUCUGCAUAUUGUCAUUUUCAUUCUAGUUAUGAGAGUUACAAUGCUGCUUCCGAAACGCGCUCAAAAUAUUUGCCAAAUUUCUCGUCAUUUGUAUGGUUCUGUCAGCAAACCACCCCCAAACUAUGCGUCCACAACGUCAGAUUUUCUUCCCACCAAGUGUGUUUCAGCAGCACUCAAUCUUCAUCUGCAGCUCACUCCAAAAGCCGGGAACAACGAAUAUUACGGGAGACGUUGCUUCUCCAGCGGUAACGAAAAUCGCACGACACCACAGAGGCCGCGAAGCUUGCCUAAGCUGAUGGAAUUCCCCGAAAUAGUGUGGCCAUCGGUGACGAAAUCGAUCAAAAACUGGAUCAUGGUUCAUUUCAUCAUCAGACCGUACUUUGAUCACGAGUAUAAUUUGCAGGAUUUUGUUCAAGGUGCAAAGCAAGCUCUACAGGUGAUAUCGUCCUCAUUGGCUGGUGGGGAGUAUAAAAAUUUAGAAGGCCUUGUAGAUCGACUUGCGAUCAAUGAUUUGAAGCAUUCGGUCGGGAAGAUGUCGGUUGCGCAACGAUACGAUUUGAUGGUGAACAAAGAGGAUAUUUACUUUUCAUUUCCUUAUGAGGUAGGAAUCAUGUUUGACGAUGAAGACGCAAGUCAAAAGCGGUUUGUAGAAAUCACAAUGGUGUUCCAUGUGCUCAAAGGACUCAAGGAGAUGGUUGAGCGAGGAGAGCCCAUUCCACUGAAUAUAGGAAUUAUGCCCGAGUUCCGAGAUAAGAUCAGUAUCUGCAACUAUCGGUUCAUCAAGGAGUUUACGAAAGGGGUCGAAUCGGAUUGGACCGUUAAUAUUGUUAGUCAUUUCAAACCGAAUGAUAUCUCAGAAGAGUGAUGAGUACGUCAUAGGAGAAAUAAAGAUACUCCAUUAGGGAAUGGGAAGAGUGUCAAA